CGGAGCCGAGUCUCUUGACUCAGUUCGGCACUUUCCGGAAAGUCUCGGCCGAAGGAGCGAUUGUGGGGUUUUGGGGGGUGUUUUGUGUGUGUGCCAUGGCGUCUUCGUCGCGGAGGCUGCAAACCAAGCCGGUCAUCACCUGCCUCAAAAGCGUCCUCCUCAUCUACAGCUUCGUCUUCUGGUUCUCGGGCAUUAUCCUUCUGGCCGUUGGCAUCUGGGGGAAAGUGAGCCUGGAGGUGUACUUCUCCCUACUCAAUGAGAAGGCCACCAACGUCCCCUAUGUCCUCAUUGCCACGGGCACGGUUGUCAUCCUCCUGGGGACGUUCGGCUGCUUUGCCACGUGCCGCGGCAGCACAUGGAUGCUCAAACUGUAUGCCAUGUUCUUAACUCUCGUCUUCCUGAUUGUCCUGGUGGCUGCCAUUGUGGGCUUUGUCUUCAGGCAUGAGAUUAAAGACAGCUUCAGGAAAAACUAUGAGGUUGCUGUGGAGAAGUACAAUGGGACCAAAGAUGAACGCAGUAAUGCCGUUGAUACUAUCCAGAGCAUGUUGCAUUGUUGUGGAGUCUCAAAUUUCACGGACUGGAACACCACGGACUUCUUCAAGCAGAACGGGAUUCCUUUGAGUUGUUGCAAGUCCUUCGAUGACUGUACAGUUGAAGACCGGAAGGACCUAGAAAAAGCGAAGAGGAAGGUGUAUGAGAACGGUUGUUUCAAUCUGGUGAUACAAACAAUGGAGUCCAAAAUGAGCAUCGUCGCCGGGAUCUCGUUUGGCAUGGCCUGCUACCAGUUGUUUGGCAUCUUCCUUGCUUGUUGCCUGUCCCGAUCAAUCACGAAUAAUCAAUACGAGAUGGUGUAGAUGGCUCUCCUGCAGGGUCGCAUCUGCAAUGAGGAAAUCCAACUGAAACGUCUGCGCUGAGCUUGAAGAAUCUCUCGUUGGUUGAAUAGGUUAGAAUUAGAGGAGCUGCUAAUGCUUGUUUGGGCUUCUCGCCGGAGUGAGGAUGACACAAGCCUUCCUGAACCCACUGUUUGCUUGUCAAGAUUGCCCUGCGGUUCAGGAAAUUGGAGUUUCGAGCUCAUUUCUCCUUGAUGCCAGACUGUGCCUGCCUCUCCGUUUACCCUUUUCUAAAGGAAAGUAUAGUAUUGAAGCUAUCUUUCAGAAAGGCAUCUUUUUUUCUGCAGUGUCCCAAAUGUUAGCUUGCAGAAGGUGGAUGCAAAGGAUGCAAUGCAAGCACACCUUGCUUUUCUAGUGCAGACAGUUGUGUGUUGUAUGUUUUCAAGUUGUUUCUCACUUAUGGAGACCCAAACUACAGCUCGUGGGCCACGUGAGGCCCAUCAAAGCAAUUUAUCCGGCCCCGGCGGCGGCUUCCUCCUUCUCCGCCAAGGAAGCUAUUCCAGAGCUUUGCUUGUGUUUAUAACAAUACAAUAGAGUCUCACUUAUCCAACACUCGCUUAUCCAACAUUCUGGAUUAUCCAAUGCAUUUUUGUAGUCAAUGUUUUCAAUAUAUCGUGAUAUUUUGGUGCUAAAUUCGUAAAUACAGUAAUUACAACAUAACAUUACUGCGUAUUGAACUACAGUAGAGUCUCACUUAUCCAACACUCACUUAUCCAACAUUCUGGAUUAUCCAACGCAUUUUCGUAGUCAAUGUUUUCCAUAUAUCGUGAUAUUUUGGUGCUAAAUUUGUAAAUACAGUAAUUACAACAUAACAUUACUGCGUAUUGAACUACUUUUUCUGCCAAAUUUGUUGUAUAACAUGAUAUUUUGGUGCUUAAUUUGUAAAAUCAUAACCUAAUUUGAUGUUUAAUAGGCUUUUCCUUAAUGCCUCCUUAUAAUCCAACAUAUUCACUUAUCCAACAUUCUGCCGGCCCGUUUAUGUUGGCUAAGUGAGACUCUACUGUACUUUUUCUGUCAAAUUUGUUGUGUAACAUGAUGUUUUGGUGCUUAAUUUGUAAAAUCAUAACCCAUUUUGAUGUUUAAUAGGCUUUUUCUUAAUCUCUCCUUAUUAUCCAACAUAUUCGCUUAUCCAACAUUCUGCCGGCCCGUUUAUAUUGGAUAAGUGAGACUCUACUGUAUUUUAAUUAUUAUUUAACGGUAUUUUAGUUAUAAUUAAUAAUUAAUUAAUUAUUAAGGGGUGCUUUUGUGCACAAAGGCAGAAGGGUUUUUUAAAAUUGUGUUUUUAUUUGUCUGAUGGUUGUAAUUACCCGGGCUCGGCCUCAUGUAAGCCGCCCAAGUCCCUUUAGGGAGAUGGAGGCGGGAUAUAAAAAUAAAGUAAUUAUUACCUAUUAUUAAGGGGGUUGGACUAAAUGGCCCAAGGGGUCUCUUCCAACCAUCAUCAUCAUCAUCAUCAUCAACAUUGGAGCCUCCGGUGGCCUAGGGGAUAAAAGCCUUGUGACUUGAAGGUUGGGUUGCUGACCUGAAGGCUGCCAGGUUCGAAUCCCAGCCAGGGAGAGUGUGGAUGAGCUCCCUCUAUCAGCUCCAGCUCCAUGCGGGGACAUGACAGAAGCCUCCCACAAGGAUGGUAAAACAUUAGAACAUCCGGGCGUCCCCUGGGCAACGUCCUUGCAGAUGGCCAAUUCUCUCACACCAGAAGCAACUUGCAGUUUCUCAAGUCGCUCCUCACAAAAAAACCCCACUUAAGAUCAUGGUGUUGCGGUGGGUUAAAUCCUUGUGCCAGCAGGACUGAUGACUUGAAGGUUGGGUUGCUGACCUGAAGGUUGCCGGUUUGAAUCCAACCCAGGGAGAGCGUGGAUGAGCUCCCUCUAUCAGCUCCAGCUCCAUGCAGGGACACGAGAGAAGCCUCCCACAAGGAUGGUAAAAACAUCAAAACAUCCGGGCAAUGUCCCCUGGGCAACGUCCUUGCAGAUGGCCAAUUCUCUCACUCCAGAAGCAACUCAGGUUGCUCCUGAUAUGAAAUUUUUUUUUUAACAUUGA